GAUUCCUUUCUGCAUGUCCAACACAUGUUCGAAGGGAUGCCCUCAAGAAAUGUAGAAAUUCUAACAGGGAAUGCUUUUCCUUUUUGGCAACUUCAGAACAGAACAAACAAUGUGUCAGUCUUCAGGUUUUCAACACCUUCUUUCUUCCUUUUUCACCUUUUGAUUGCAUUGCUUGAGUCAUUCUAUCUAAAUCUCAUGGCUGAGGUUUACCGGUGCUCCAUUGAAAUAAUGCUGAAUGACCUGCGUUGCUUCUAGUUGUUGUUUUCUAUCCCUUUGGUGGGUCUGCUGUUAGAUUAUAUUGCUUUUGCUUGGUUCCUUUGGGGUUUGUUGUGCGAAUAAUUUGUUGGUAAGGGUUGCUUCUUUCAUUAAGGUUUGUGGGUUUGUGCCUAUCGAUGUUUUUGCUGUAUCAUUUGAAGCUAGAUUGUUUCUUUUGCUUUUUAAGGUAAUGAUGCAUACAUUAUUGGUUUAAUGUUUUUGGUAGAAAAAAAAAUGGCAUUUUGGAUUGUUGAUGUCAAUUAAUGCCAGAUGUUCUGUUAUGGUCUAAAAUGUAGAUGGGUUGAUCAAAGUUGCAAUUUACUUGCCAAGCCGGAAUUAAACAUAACUAUUGUCCAGGUAAUCGGCCGGAUUGGUCUGUAUGUUUACUCUAUGGUUUAAUUGUAACCAUAUUGCAAAGAAAUGUUUCAUUGUUUAGUCCUCAGGAAAGCAGCAAGUCUCAUGUCUCUGUUUAUUUUUGAAUAAGUGAUUUCUGAACUUCAUGAUUUAACUAACGUUGGUUUCUCUUAUAUGGGGAGCAACAGUUUGUUACGCGUUCAAAGCUCCUCAUUGCACAACUAAGAGCACUUUUUUGUAGAUUU